UGAAAAGUGAAGUGAAAACCCAACACAGUGAAUCGUUGGUUGCCUUGCCUCUUCUUCCUCCUCAGCUUUCCCCAAACCCCAACCCUCCAAAAAAAAAGAGCUUCCCCAAACCCAACCACACUCCAUUCGCCCGCCAAUCAGCUCAACAAUGUCGAAGAGGCCUCGGACGGCGGCUUCAGACCCGUGGGACGACGACCAGGACAUGCCGCCGCAGAAGGCGCCCCCGGGGAUCCACAGGUCGGUCUACCUGGAAUGGCGCGCCGGGGCGGCAGGGCGCCUCCGCGACGUCCGCGACAACCUCCGCCUCCUCGCCCCGCCGGCGCCGCCGGCGCCGCCCGCUUCCCAGGAGGCCGGCCUCCGCGCCCUCGGCCUCCUCGACUUCGUCCGCCUGCGCCUCGACGACGCGCCCCCGCGCCGCGACCUCGUGGCCGCGCUCGUCGCCAACUACAAGCAGUUCUACGAGUGGAGCUACGCCCGCGGCGCCUUCGUCAAGGUCAGCCUCGACGCCUUCGCCGACGCGCUCCGCCUCCCGCCUCCGGCGGAGGGCCCACCCGACGCCGCCGCCGCCGCCGCCGCCGCCGCGCCCCCCGGGCUGGCCUCCGCCGCGGAGUGGUUCAUCGAGGCGUACAUCCUGAAUCCGCUGCGCGCGCGCGCCGCCGCGGAGGGAAGGACGGGCAGGCUGCCCAGCGAUGUGGACCUGGCGCUGUACAGGGUGAAGUUCGGGAUGGUGCAUAAGGUGGACUGGAGCCGCCUCAUCUGGGGCCUCGCCGAGAAGGAGAUUGUCGAUCUGGGCAAGGGGAGAAGGCCCGACUGGACAUGCCACUACGGCGCGUACCUGCAGAGGCUCGUCUCGGUGGAGAAUCCGGGCCUCUUCCAGCCGGCAUUGCCAUUGCUCGGCCUCGGUGGGGAUCAAAAUCUCCCUUCAGAGCUCCAGUCCAAGAUGCAGGAGGUCAGCGAGAUCCAAGCUGCUCGAUUUGAGAACCGAGCACCUUGAAUCCAAAUCAAAGGAACUGGAAGAACGGACAGUCGCAAGCAACAGACUAACAGAGUUAGAGCUGCUCAACCGGAAUCUCCUCACAGAGAAAGAAGUAAUCAACAGUGAGUUGGUUGGGGUGCAGGAGGAGCUGGGAGAAGCAAGGGAGCAGCUAAUGAAGCUAGAUAAUAGCAUGAAAUCAAUGAUAUCAGUGAAUAAGGUUCUGUUUUCUAGGGAAAGGAAGACCAAUGCUCAGUUGUUAGAUAGUCGGUGGGCUCUGGUUACUAAGGAAAUCAAGAGCAACGGUGACUUAAAAAGCCUUCGGAAAGAGCUAGCCGAGCUGCGGGAUGGGAUGCAAUUGAUGGAUCUGCUCAACAGGAAUCUCCUCACCGAGAAAAAAACAAUGAACGCUGAGUUGGUUGGACUGGAGGAGGAGCUGGGAUGCAAUUGAUGGAGCUGCUCAACCAGAAUCUCCUCACCGAGAAAAAAGCAAUGAACACCGAGUUGGUUGGAGUGCAGGAGGAGCUGGGAGAAGCAAGGAAGCAGCUAAUGCAGCUAGAUGAUAGCAUGGAAUCAAUGAAAUCGUUGAGUAAGGUUCUAUUUUAUAGGGAAAGAAAAAGCAAGGCUCGGUUGCUACAUACUCGGUGGGCUCUGGUUACCAAGGAAAUCAAGAGCAACGGUGACUUAAAAGGCCAUCAGGAAGAGCUAGCCGAGCUGCGGGGUGGGAUGCAAGAAUUGAGAUUCCUCAACCAGGCUCUGUGUUCUAGGGAAAGAGAAAGCAAUGGUCAGUUGUUACAUACUCGGUGGGCUAUGGUUACCAAGGAAAUCAAGAGCAACGGUGACUUAUGAAACCUCCGGGAAGAGCUGGCCGAGCUGCGGGAUGGGAUGCAAGGACUAGAAUCCCUCAACCAGGUCCUGGUUACUAAGAGCGUAAGAGACAACGACAAACUGCAAGCGGCUCGGAAAGAGUUGAUCGAUGGCUUGAAUGUGGCUACAAAUGGCAGGGCAAACAUAGGCCUGAAGAGGAUGGGGGAGCUUGAUCCAAAAGCGGUUGCAAAUGCUUGCAGACCGAGAUUGUCACAAAAGAAAACUCUUAUUCUUUGUUCCAAGUGGGAGACUAAAAUCAGAAACGCGGGUUGGCACCCUUUUAAGGUCAUCAUGGUUGACGAUCAGCCCAUGGAAAUUUUCUUGGACGAUGAUGACAAGCUUGUGGAGCUAAAACAAGAACACGGUGACCAAAUGUUCGCCUUGGUGAAACAGGCGCUGAUUGAAAGGAACAAGUACAACCCCAGUGGUGGCUAUCCUGAAACGUUGCUGUGGAACUUCAAGCACAGUCGGGAGGCAACAAUGGAAGAAGCCGUCCAAUUCAUUGUAAAAAAGUGUUGUGCAAAGAAGAGAAAGCAUUGAGGCCAUAUAUCUAGGAGCUGGGGGUUUGCCGUCUUUCUUUGGAAAACCCAUGGAUAUGCACUGUGAAGUAGCGGGUUGCAGAUUUGCAUGACAGCAAUGUGCUACUCUUUCAUUGACAUAUAUGGUACUUUGAGCAAGUGUACAAACCCUUUAAAUAUGUGCAAUAAGGCUAUUGCAGGACUGUUGGAAGUCAAUUGAAGUUGACCUUAACUACAGCAAAGCAUAUAACCGACUCGGAUAUGUUUAUUUCAUCAUAAGGAAUUUUAGUGAUAUGCUGUUACAGGAUGCUAUUCAGAUACUACAUAAACUUCUGAGGUAGUAAAUGGUAGUGCAUUGGGGUGGCGCUGUUUUAAA